UCUGGGGCCUGCAAGUUCCCUCAGAGACUGUAUCAACUAAUAUGGCGGAUCUAAAUGAAGAAGAUCCGAUAGCAAAAUUAAAAAAUUCAGAAAUCGCAGUCCACGUAGAGGAGGCUCUGAACAAUGUCAUAGUCGUGUCCUUUAGGCACCAGGGCAAGGUUUAUCAGGGCGCCCUGCUCGAUGCGACCAAGAAAUUGCUUCCAUGCGGAAUCACCGCUCCCAAAGACUUCAUGAAGCCACCUCCGCCGCCCCCAGUGGUCAACUUGGAGGCAGGCCACGAAGACUCUGCCUCGAGCAAUAGUCUUGUGAAUCGACAUACCUAUUUUCAAGACACUGGUGCGCCACAUUCGCCAUUUAGUUUUAAAACUCUGAAGACUCAAGGGAACAAGCAGAGACAGCCAAAUAAGAAAAUGACCGUGAGACUGAGACCUCGCAAGGUUCUCUGUGCCAAGUGCAAGAGCACCUGCAAUCCGACGACAGAAACAAAUUCUCAAGCACUAAAUUCUUUAAACCAGCCUGACCCGCAAGCAAGAAAUACGAGGAGAAAGUUAAGAAACGGGAAUGAAGAUGAUCAAAGGUCUGUGACAUUCAAGGAGCCAGAAUUGGUUCUUUUAAAUGGCCCUAGACCAGAGAACGACAGUUGUAGUAAUUCAUCGACUGAGGAUGACAAGAAGCCCGACAAAAUUAAAAUUGUUGGCAACUACUGGAUUAGUCCAUCACGGGAAGCAGAGGACGAUGCAAAAGAUCCAUUGGCAAUUGAAGAUGCUGAUAAAAUGGUCUUGCGAAAAAAGCGCAGCAUUGGUUCAAUGGAGGAUCUUUGGGACGAAAGCAUUUUUGAAGAGAGUAACAAACGAACAAAACUUGAAUCCGUCGAACCUGCAAGGACCACGACUCCAAUAAUAAAGAUAUCAUUUGGAUCUCAAGGCCAGGGCACGGUGCUUAAAAUACCUCCAAAAAUUCAAAGUUUAGAAAAUGUUGAGAACUCUGAAAACGAAUCUGAGAGGGCGGUGAAGAAAGCCAUGAAGAAGGCAAAGAAGAAGAAACUACUAGGCCCUGGAGAUUCACCGCCGGGCGCGUGCGACUCUCGACGCCACAAGCAUAAACACCUAAAAAAGCACAAAAAGAGCCGGCACCGUGACGAAUCGGAAGAACAGUGGAAUGUUUCCCAAACAGACGAGGAGAUUAAAGAGCAAUGUCUCAAACAGCGACUUUCGAUCAGCCUCAAAAGACUGAAUGCCACUGCCUACAUGAGGUGUGACCAAGACGAACCAACUGCGUCCAGCAGCAACUCGCCAAGUCCUGAUGGAAGUGAAGACGUCCCUAAUUUCCCAGAGACCGAUUUAGUGGGAGUCGUAGGACCUUCUGAAGAGCCUGCAGAAGUGAUAACCAGCAGCCAGACUGUUCAGUCUUGUUUUACAUCAGACGGGAGGAAAAUGAACAUUGGCGACGUUGUUUGGGGCAAAAUUCAUGGAUUCCCAUGGUGGCCCGGAAAAGUCCAGAGUAUAUCCAUAUCGCGCAAAGAGGAUGGGGUCUGCAUGUCGGCACAUGCACAUGUCUCUUGGUAUGGCUCGCACACGUCUUCGUGGAUGCUGUGCGACCAACUGAACCCUUUUUUGGAAACUUUCAAGGUUCGUUACAACAAAAAGAAAAGAGGUCCUUACAAAGAAGCUAUCCGUCAAGCGACAAGCGAAGCACAGCAGCUGACAGUUCCUGUACCUAGCGCGUCACCCUCGCAGAUCCUGUCGGUGACUAAUUCGCCAAGGGAAGUAAAUGUACUCUCGUAACUGGGCCACGACGACGAUUAUAUAAGGUAUUGUUCAUUAUUCUUCUUACAUGGCAUCUUACCAUUAGGACUGAAUGUUCCUAAAUAUUAUAUCUUGUAUUUUGGGAAAAUUUAACUCUCCCAGCAUUUUGUGCGAAUGCCAUGUGAAAAUUAUAUUUCUUAGAGAAAAGGUCUCAUAUAUAUUAUGAUAAUGUGCUUUUAGUUUAUUCGAAAUUAUUCGUUGUGUUUAUCAAUUGAAAUGAAAUUUUCAUUCAUGGAUUAUGAUGCUGGAAGCAAUGCCCUGCUCCAGAAUUUUUUUAAUAAAAAAUUAUAAUGCUUGAUUUUCAAGCAUAUGAGUGAUCAUCAAUAGAAGAUGAAACGGGUAACAAUUUCAACAAUUUUAUGAAUUUUAAUUACUGGGACCUAAAAGAGCAGUUUGCUGAUGACCAAGACUAAAUUAAUUUUAAAAUUGGAAUUUAAAUUAAAAAAGAAAAAUUAAUUUGAUAACAAUGUGAAAAUAUUCAGAACUGAAAAUAAGAUAAUUUUGUGUGUACUUCUUCACCUUGAAGAGUUGAGCAAAUAAAAGGCUGAAAUCUGCAGCGCUUUAAAAAUUCUUAGCACGGCUCUCUCAGGUCUCACUUUUUAGUCAAGCACUUGGUUCCUGAUUUCCAAGUGGUUUUAAUCCAAUGGCGUUUAAUUUUUUUUUUCUUGAAGAUUUUGACAAAAAAAAAAAUCUUUGCAAACGCCUCCAUAUUUUAUUGACUGUGAUUACAUAAAUUCGUGGCCGCGUUUAUUAAAUUGCAUUCCCCCAUUCUGGAUUUCUUGUGAAUAAACACAUAUAUUUGUAUAAGUAAUUUUAUACUUCAAAUCGCUUCAAAUUAAUCCAUGAUUGCUUCUAAUGCAACUUUAGAUUUUCAUGCAAAAGUUGUCAUAUUAAAUUGGAAGUUAAAGAGAGAAAAAAUCACUGCCACAUACUCAAGCAGUCCAGGUAAUUGUGGAUGAGACUUGUGAAUGCUCGUGUGAUUGUUAAUUGGCUUCAUUUUGCGAGCCAUACAUGAUUACUGUUUAAUGUCAAAUUUUCAUUGAAGUUUAUAAAGCGUAGAAAUAGCUUUUGUAAAGGAAAAUGUAUUGUGAAUAAUACAACAGCCAUAGAACAAUAAAAUGCUGGAGCACACAAUUUAAUUCAAUCACUGUCCU